AUGAAUCGGAUGCUUCUCCAAACCUUUCUGAGCGCUUAUGCUGCUGCUCAGUCCGCCACCUCUAGCGCUGAUGGCACCGCCGUUGCGAGCUCUGCAGCCUCUAUAACGACUUCGCUCGAGCUCACUGUGGAUGACCUCUGGGACAUCGCAGUCGGUCCUGUGUCCAGUGCCAAUAUUACCACCACUGUCGAGGCCACUCCAGUCCCCUCGAGCUCGCUGGUCCCGCCGCCUUUCCUUGCUUCGUAUAGCUUCCCCACGGGGCGGCAGAUACCUGAAGCCACGGAAAAUGUGUCAUGGAGCUUCCCCAAGGAUUUUAUGCUGGGUGUCGCAGGUGCAGCGUUCCAGGUCGAGGGCGCUGCAAAGGCCGAAGGACGAGGACCGAGUGUUUGGGACAAGUUAACGCGAGUGCCUGGUUAUACAGCCGAGAACCAAACCGGUGAUAUUACGGAUAACCAUUACUUUCUCUAUAAGCAGGAUAUCGCCCGUCUCGCAGCUAUGGGAAUUAACACCUACUCUUUCUCCAUCUCUUGGUCUCGGAUCUACCCGUUCGGAGCUGGACCUAUCAACCAGGCGGGAAUCGAUCACUAUAAUGAUCUGAUCAACACCUGUAUCGAAUAUAACAUAACUCCUGUGGCGACCUUAUACCACUGGGAUACGCCCCUCUUCCUGCAAGACAAGUAUGGCGGCUGGCUUUCAGAAGAUAUUGUGGCCGACUUUGUUGCGUACGCCAAAACCUGCUACGAAGCUUUUGGUGACCGUGUGAGCAAUUGGUAUACUUUGAAUGAACCUAUCGUGUUCUGUAAUCAGUGUGAGUCCAUAAAAUUCCCAAUCAAGAACGAAGAGCCGUCCUAUGCUCACAGCAUUCCAGAUCCCUUACCAGCACAAUAUUUCAAGAAUUUCACUAUUCCUUUCAAGCAACAGCCGUACUUCUGCGGCCGCAACGUUCUUCUCGCUCAUUCACAAGCGUACCAUCUGGGCAAGCAGGUGCUGGGCAACGACACGCUCAUCUCGUACAAGAACAAUGGCGGCUACAAGAUUCCAUUGACCAACUCAUCAGAAGAUGCCGAGGCCGUGCAGAGAGCCUAUGACUUCAAUGAGGGCUGGUUCGCCGAUCCGGUGUUUCUGACCGGAACGUGGCCCGACUCCCUGAACGAGUACGUCUCCACGUUCCUGGAGCCAUUUACAGACGACGAAAAGGCCCUGAUCAAAGGCUCUACGGAUCUGUUCGCGCACGACGCGUACACGUCGCAGUUCUACUUUGCGCCCGACGACGGCAUCGAGUCGUGCCUGGCCAACGAGACGAACCCGCUGUGGCCGGGGUGCUUCAACACCAGCUACACGUACAGCGCGACUUCGGAGGGCGGAUGGCUAAUCGGCGCGGCGGCGGACCCGCUUGCACCGUGGUUGCACAAGGCCACCGACUGGGUGCCGGCGCUGCUGCACUACAUCACCGACAAGUGGCAGCCGCCAGAGGGCCGCAUCGUAGUUAGUGAGUUUGGGUUUGCGGAGCCGUUCGAGGUGUACAAGACGCUGCUACCGGAUAUCCUCACGGACCAGAUUCGCUCCGACUACUAUCGAGACUACAUGGAGGGUAUCCUAAUCGGGCUGAGUGAGGGCCUCAACAUCUUGGGAAGCCUCGCGUGGAGCUUUGUGGACAACCUAGAGUGGUCGAGUGGCUUUCAAGUUAGGUUUGGGAUCCAACACGUGGAUUUCGAGAGCAAGGCGUUGGAUCGGUACUACAAGGCGUCGUUCUUUCAAUAUGUUGAUGUGUACAAGCGGUACGUUGAGAAAUAG